AUGGGUGUCGACCCCCUGUCCCCGGUUGCGCCUGUGCGCCUCAGGGCACUCCUCCUUCCGAUAGGGAGAAUCAAGCGCUCCCGUUUUCUGAGCUUCGCCGCCAGACUCCAGGCCGAAAAUGUGGUCCGAUUAGGGGACAUUAGCCCUGAUGCGCGGCCAAAUCGAAAUAUGUUCUCGCCGCUCGCAUUUCCUACCGGGCUGAUCCUUUACGACCUUUCGUACUCGGUUCCUCCGACGUCGCAUCUUGAACUAUUUCCGUUUGAACUUUUUCGAGAACCACUGGUGAUCCUCACAAUAGCGGAUGGAACUGAGCUCGCUCCAAGCUCGACUGGGGAGAACAAGGACAAGCACCCGACGCCCGACGGCCUGGAUUCACUGCUGGAAGCGCUAGAGGUUGUCAAGGAGAGGAAUCCGCGCGCGUUGGUCCAUCAAAUACUGGUUUUCGAUCAUGAAGGCGUGGAAAAGCUCACGAACGGACCGGAUAAUGUCCUCUGGGUCCCGCCACCACAGGCAUCCAAAGCCACCACGAUGAAGACGGCGCUUUGUGAUAUUACCUCUGUCUUGCUCUCUGAACUGGAUGAAUUUGCGAAGACAAUCCAGAACAUCCCAUCCAUUGAGUCUCCCAAAUCUUCUUCCUGGGGUCCACACCGGAAUCCAGAGCAACGGCCGCGAGCUGUGGACCGGCUGCUUCAUCGGAUGACCUCACCUGCGCAAAUGCCCACCGAUCCUAGUGCUGCACCCGAGACUCCAUUGAGUUCCAACGCCAGUUCUCCGGCCCCCAGUGAUCAUGAAACGCCCAUAACGUUUGACGAAAUCCAUCGAUCCAUUAAUCUCUCUAGUCGCACGAAUUCUAUUAGCAGAACUUCAUCUGUGCAUUCGCCCAAGGAGCACAGUCGGGACCGCAUGUCGGUGAGCGGCGUAAGUGCAACCGACAGGACCAAGAACCGCAUCAAGGGCCGUGCCGGUGUUGUCGUUGGGUCUCUUUUCCUGCUGGCAGGAAGGUGGCCAGAUGCCCUCAAGGAGCUGGUUGAAGCGGCAAACAACGCUAGGGCGAGCAGCGAUUAUGUGUGGCAUGGCAAAGCUCUCGAGACAAUUCUUCUUACUUUGCUGAUGUUCGGCUGGGCCGGGAUGGACUUUCAGAUUCCAUCUAUCCUCUAUCCAACAGCCGAGAAGUCUUCCAAAUCGCAUCGAGAUUCUAAUCCACCACCCGGGGCUAGUAACCGUGCCGUGUCUCUUCAAAACCUGGCCAACCUGCUCCCAGACCUCACAAACACCAUCUUGAAUCUUUACAACCGUGCUGCAAAUAUUACAGAGGAGCCUCUCCCCCAGCUCGUGUUCUCCGAGACAGUUAUCCGCUUAGCAAGGCUAUUGGUAGCGUGCCGCAUUCGUGAUGGAGCUCUUGACGACAACGCUCUGAAACAUAUUGUGAUGAACGAUCUUUUGACACCAUUGCAUCAGCCAGAACUCCCUCGCGGGACAGUUGUGCCUCGAAAAUCCGAGAUUGCCAAUUUCUUGUUCCGAGCUCUGCCGCUCUCUCCUGGCUCGGACCUACCCGCGACUGAUGCCGUGCCUAUCAUAGUCGGUGUCGUCUCCGUCUUGAAUACUCUUGGUCUCCCAAGGAAAAAGGCUUUCGUCUUGCGCGAACUUCUCUCGCUAAUAGUACCAAGUCUUGUUCAGGCAAGGAAAAUUGGAGCUGCGGAGGCCGGCAUUCAUCCAGCUGCUGGGCUAGCGUCUCUAAGCGAUACCGCGUUCGACGUCAAUGCUCUGGAUGUCGGGCCUGGAAACAUGGAGACAAGUGUGCGCCUUCUCCUUGCCUCGGUAGGCGAGAUAUACGGAGUUCAACCUUCGGCGUUUUACGAGUGGAAGAAAAGAGAGAGUCAAUCCUUCAACGCCGAGGGAUCCUCUGACUGUCCGGAAUACGACUCGAUUGAUGCUAUUGCUGAGAGAUCAUUUCGGCAUGUCGUGUUGGAUCGAUAUGGCGAUCUGAACUUGAAGAUUGAUGUGCUCAAAGCGUGCAUCAACUGCUGUGAAGCACUCCCUGACUUCAACGGCGUUCUUCGUUUCACUGUCGAGCUUCUUCAAACGGUCCGAGGUCAACUUAUGCUCGGUGAAUCUUAUCAAGCACCGCCUUAUCUACCAGUCGACGACCAAGUUCGUCUUUCAAACAACAUCAAGCGCACGGUGGCGGCUGCGAGCAGGCUUGGUGCCUCCGACGUGGUGGCUGAAUACUGGGAUGAUUUCCUUGUUCGCGAUGUCCAAUUGCUGGCCCUUCCGGAUAACAAACGGCCUGUCCGACGGUCCAGGACUCAAUUGGAUGCGGUCACGACGGACUCCGAAAAGGUUAAGAAAGAUCCAUUCUUAUACAACCCGUUUGCAAAGCCCAGCAGCAAGGCGAUCGAGACCCUUGCUGUGGCGGGUGAACAUGCAUCAUUCCGAGUGACUCUUCAGAACCCCUACGAUUUUGAGGUUGAGAUCGAGUAUAUGCGUCUUGAGAGUGAGGGUGUGUCUUUUGAUGCCGUGGCCGAACAAAUCGUUCUUUCUCCUCUUUCUCUACAAGAGAUCACUGUCCUUGGUAUCGCGCAAGAGAAGGGUGACCUCAACAUCACAGGAUGCACGGUGAAGGUACGGCACUGCCGCGCCAGAAAAUUUCCCAUCUUCAAGACCAUUUGGAAGCCCGAGCCUGAGGUCAAAUUUAAGCGCAUCGGCUUGGAAUCGAAAAAACCAUUGACCGAGCGCCCACUCUCGUGGAGUUCGACGACAUCAAAGGACGGCAAGGUAUCCACUAAGAAGGGUCCCGAAGCGGCAACCUGCCAAGUCAAGGUGAUUGGCAAGCAGCCGUCGCUUGUGAUUGAGUCAUUGUCGCUAUCGCAAUCGGCGAUGAUGGUUCUGGAAGGAGAGGUCAGGUCCUUCACCAUCACUUUGCAAAACACAUCAUCCUGCCCUCUUGACUUUAUCUUGUUUACCUUCCAAGAUUCCACAACACGACAGCUGCAGUCCGCUCUCAACAACAAGGAUUUGUUGCCGGUAGAGAUAUACGAGCUAGAGUUGAAGCUGGCAACCAGGCCAGCCCUGCAGUGGCGCCGUACGGGUCCAUCGUCCGACGACCACUCCAUCCCUCCAGGCCAAAAGGCCACUUUUACUGUCGAUGUCCUUGGGAAGCCGGGCCUGCAAGACACGACCGUUCAGAUCGACUAUUCGUACGUUGACGCUGGCGAGGACAACACUCCGGAUGUAUUUUACACGCGGCAGCUAUUUGUUCCACUAACUGUGACCGUGAAUGCGAGUGUGGAAGUAGCACGCUGCGAUAUCUUGCCCUUCAGCGGUGAUUUCGCCUGGCGAAACCAUCUUCAUGCCAACCCUGAGUCUGGAUCUGCCUCCGCAACAACCAAGACAAUCGCUGCCGUCGAUGAUGACCCAUUCGCGAAAGUGCUUUCGCGUCUCGGUAAAGGGCCGUACGGACCUGAUCACUGCGUUGUACUCCUCGAUCUUCGAAACGCCUGGCCCAGCCCCCUGUCCGUCUGGUUGCGAGUCAGCGAGCAGUCCUUCCCCGAUCCUUCGGCUGUGAUAGCUUCCAUGAAGGUCUCCGACGGCCAGCACUCUGUCGACGGAGAUUUUCAGCCAGGUCAAGUGUAUCGGUUCGUCCUCGUCCUGCCUCGCAUUUACCUGGACAACCCGCACGCUGCUAUUCCCGUCGUCAACACCGGCACACGUCGACAGUUUGUGGUCAGCGCUAACAAGCUCUCCUUUGAGGCUGAGGCCGCUUCCCGCGAGGCAUUCUGGUUCCGCGAAGAACUCCUCAAGCGCCUCGUCGGUGGCUGGAAGGAACCCGCUUCCGGCCGUGAAGGCAGCAUCGAUCUACGCAACAUCCGAUUGAAUCCUCGCAUGGUCGAAGCCAUGCGCCUCGAGGACGUGGAAUUUACUUUCUCUAUAACCUCGUCCGACUCCGACGCCUCGGUUACGCAGACCGGCCGCUCCCGCUUCCGCGCGAAGACAGACGAUUUGCUGACUCUGAGCGUCUCGGUCCGCAACCGCUCUUCUCGCCCCAUCCACCCCCUUCUUCGUCUCCAGCCCAGCCUCCGCAACCAACCCAACAACGUUGCCCUAGAUCUCACCCGCCGUCUUGUCUGGACAGGUAUGCUGCAGCAGUCCCUCCCCGUUCUGCAAAGCGGCGAGUCCACCACAGCCACCGUGGGGGUGACAGUGCUCAGUCGCGGGGAGUACGAGUUCGGCGCCAGCAUUGAAGAGGCGCGGCUCCUUCGCUCGGCGGAUGAGCAGGAUGGGAAGGACAAGGAUCACGCAGAUUAUCACCAUUAUGACGGCGGUGGUAUCAAGGAUACAUUCGGCGCGGAUGUUGUCCGGCGCAGACGGAUCUGGCAUGCGAAGGAGGCAUGCGUGAUUCAUGCUUGGGAUUGA